AUGAAGGGAACAUUCAUUCUCUCCGGCCUCUUGGCCUCCACAGUCUCUGCCCACAUGCAAUUGAGCAAGCCUUACCCCAUUCGCAGUCCCCUGAACAAGGACGCCAAGGGCGACAAGGACUACUCAUACACCAACCCGCUAUCAAGCUCUGGCAGUGACUACCCAUGCAAAGGUUACGCCAAGGAUGACUUCCAGGCUGUCGACACAUGGGCUCCCGGUUCAUCCCAGGAGAUGACUCUCGAGGGCAGUGCCACCCACGAUGGUGGUUCGUGCCAGCUUGCCCUUACCUACGAUCAGGGUAAGACCUUCAAGGUCAUCGAGUCUGUCGAGGGCGACUGUCCUAUUGCCAAGAAGUACAACUUUGACAUCCCCUCCGAUGCUCCGGCUGGCGAUGCUCUGUUCGCGUGGACCUGGUUCAACAAGGUCGGCAACCGUGAAAUGUACAUGAACUGCGCCAUGAUUACCAUUGGCGGAGGCGAACGCACUGCCAAUACUACCACCAACACCAAGGAGAAGCCUGUCUCCAAGCACUUGCUGGAGAUGGCUGCUGAUGCCGAGAAACCCAUUGACAAGGUCAUGGAGGAGGUCGGUAAGGCCAAGGAUGUCGUCAUGCCCAAGACCGACACCAUGUCCAAGGAGAACGCCAGCCCUAAGGCUCACACCAAGCAAAGCAAGGCUGCCGGAAGCUUCGAUAGCCUGCCCGAACUCUUCGUCGCCAACGUAGGUCAGACCGGCAAGUGUGUCACCAUCGAGGGUGAGGCUGUCAACUUCCCCAAGCCUGGCCCCAACGUAAUUGGUAAGGCCGAUGGCAAGGGCUACAAGUGCGAGAGCAACGCUCCCUUCCUCGGGGACGAUUCUAGCGCUGCCUCCAACACCCCCAGUACCACUACCAGCGCCUCGUCCAACGCUACCAAGGGCGCUACCAAGAACACCACCAGCUCUAGCUCAAGCACCACCACUGAUAUGAGCACCGCCAGCACCGACAAGAAGAUGUCCAAGAUCGCUUCCUCUUUCGUUACUUCCACUACCGCCGCUCAGCGUACUGUCACCACCGAGGCCUCCACGAACAACCUCUUCAGCAACUACGUCGGCCAAUGGACCUGCAAAUCCGGCGAGAUCCUCUGCUCUCCCGAUGGAAUGAGCUUCGCCUUGUGCAACUACGGUCACCCUGUCUUCAUGGGCUCCGUUGCUGCUGGCACUUGGUGCCGCAACGGCGUCAUCAGCGCCAGGUGGUAG